UAUAUUGGCUAACCUUGCGCCAUUUGUAUCCUUACGUACGCUGGCACUUAUAAAACCCACUCAACGGUCAUCCUUUCCUUUCUCUGUCCUUGAACAAUACUAUGCCCCUAAUUCCAGCAAUUGAAGAUAAUAACAAUCACUUUUACGAAAAUUAGAAAUAAAAAAUAUUAUUAUUAAGAAAAAAAAAAGAAAAAGAAAAAAGCAAUAAUAGAAAAAGGCAUUCGUCUCUCUUCUUUUAGUUUCUAAAACUCGAGUCUCCAGCUAAAGUACCACUUUCAACUUUCAUUUUUCAGUGUUUUCGUUUUCUGUUUAUCUCUCCGUCCGUCUCUUCCUUUUUGUUCCGCAGCUUUCCUUUUCGUCUUUCUGUAUCACAAAAAUAUGCUUCCUGCUGCUGGGCUGGAUAAUUAUAACCAGAACGUUUAUCUUCGAGAGCCAUGCUUGGUCAACGUAAUGGACGCUGGAGAAUCAAUUCUCAGCUCAUCAUCUUCAAGAUCAGAAAAGAAAUCUACGGACCCAUGCAAGAGUCAUAAAGAAGCAGAAAGGAGGCGCAGGCAACGUAUCAAUGCUCACCUCUCCACUCUCCGUACUCUCCUCCCCAGCACCACCAAGACAGACAAGGCCUCACUGCUAGCAGAGGUAGUGCACCACGUCAAAGAGCUAAGAAAGCAAGCCACCUCACAGGUCGCACGAGGCGGCGGGGAAACGGAACUUCCGGACCAACAGUACUGGCCAUUUCCAGGAGAAUCAGACGAGGCGAGUUUAAGCUACUGCGAUGGUCCUGAAUCAAAAACAAUGAGAGUCAGUGUUUGCUGUGAUGACAGGCCAGGGUUGAACCAGGAGUUAGCUGACGCGAUUAGGUCGGUUCAUGCCAGGGCAGUUCGGGCUGAAAUGAUGACGGUUGGUGGGCGGACUAAGAGUGUGGUGGUGGUGCAAUGGGGUACCGGCGGUGGUGGUCGCGGUGGAGAGGAGGAUGUGGGAGUUUUGAGAAGGGCGAUAAAGAGUGUUGUGGAGAAUCGAGGGGCGGGUUCUUCUGGGCCGGGCCUUCUGGCCCAUGGAAAUAAACGGGUUCGCGAUUAUGGUGAUGAGUUUGGAAUUAAGAAGAAUGAACGUGUCAUUUGAUUUUUUUUUGACGUGAUUAUUUUACGACAAAAAGACUUACCUAAUUAUAAAUGUAUGAUAAAUAUUAAUUUUGCUGGUAUAUUUUGUGAAAAAUACUUUCCUAAUUUAUAUUUAUUUUAUUUAGCGGCAGUUUAUUGAUA